GCCGUAUAGACUGAAAUCAGGCUCAACUGAAACCAGUCUACAUCCCUACUGAAGCCAAACAUGUCUGAGGCAAAGCGGAAAGUUGCUGCGGAAGCAGUUGCCGGCACAAAGCGGGCAAAGGGAAACGUGAACGCAGACAUUUGCGCGUUUCUCAACGAGCUUGCAGACUACGAGAAGAACGUCUCGCGCCACAUCCACAAACACAACGCAUACCGCAAAGCAAGCAGAGCCAUCGCCGCCCACCCAUCCAGGAUCAGCUCUGGCAAGGAGGCAAAGGCCUUGCAGGGCGUCGGGGAGAAGAUUGCAAAGAAGAUUGACGAAUUCCUCAGCACGGGCAAGCUCAAGAAGCUCGAGGACAUCCACGCAGAUCCAACGUCAAAGGCUAUCCAGCUUAUUGCCAGCGUCGUUGGCUUUGGACCAGCCGCAGCCCGCAAGUUUGUUGACCAGGGGGUGACGACGCUUGAGGAGCUGGCAAAGCAGUCGGGCCUGACCAGCACACAGCGCAUUGGGUUGAAGCACCACCACGACUUUGAGGAGCGCAUCCCACGGGAUGAGGUCGACAGGCUGCGCAAACAGGCGUUUGCAAUCAUCUCCGAGGUUGAUCCAAAGCUAACGGCGGAGGUGUGCGGGAGCUACCGUCGUGGCGCCUCUUCGUCCGGUGACAUUGACAUCCUCAUGACGCACCCAGAGUUUACGUCUGAGCACAAGGACGAGAAAGGCAAGAUCACAAAGCCGCGGUUUGCUGGCCUGCUCGCAAAGGUUGUCGCUGCCAUGCAGAAGCACAAGUUCGUCACAGACUCGCUCAGCUGCGGCCAAACAAAGUUUAUGGGGGUGUGCCGGGACCGCGAGGCGCCCAAGGCGGGCGAGGGCAAAUACCGCCGCAUCGACGUCCGGUUCUGGCCGGCGGACCAGUACCCGCUCGCACUCCUCUACUUCACGGGCAGCGACGAGCUCAACAAGGACAUGCGACGAAAGGCCAUCGACCUCGGCUUCCACCUCAACGAAUACGCAAUCAGGCCCAUGGGCGAGAAAGGGACAAUGGGGGAUGCGCUGCCCGUCACCUGCGAGAAGGAUGUGUUUGACUAUCUCGACAUGAAGUACUUGGAGCCCUCAGAGAGGUGACGGUGGUGGUUGUGUGCAUCAGCUUGCAGACAAGCUCUGCAUGGCAUGGUACAUUACAUUCAUUACACGUGAAACCUUGCUCACACCAUGCUUUCAAUAAACGACAUUCAAAGUUGCAGGGCUCAACAAAAGAGAGAAGCACC